CCUGAAAUGACGUCAUAAGAGGUCGCUGGCUCUCGACCGUCGCUUGAGAAUUUGUAUGAGAUGCUGAACAAACAAUCUUCAUUGAAGUCACUAUCACACCAGUUCAUCUAUAAAUACUGUGAAGAAGUCAAACAAGCAGCUGCUGUCACAACACAUUCAACUACUCUACUAUUCUGAUCCACUGUUGUAAUGAUGGAGUGUGUUAAAGAGGAGACUGAUCCUGAAUCAUUCACAAUAACACCUCAACAUACUCAACAACAAAGAGACUUAGAAGAGAAAGGGGAAGGUGAAGAACGCAAUGAACUAAAGGAUGAACCUCAGGAGCACAAUUUUAUGACUGACAGCUGCUCAGAAACUGAUGAGACUUCCUCUCAAGAAAGAGUUGAUGCCAAAAUUGUUUUUGCAUGCCAUCUUUGUGGUAAGACUUUCUCACAAAAAGCGUACCUCAAGUUUCACCAAAGGAUUCACACUGGUGAGAGGCCUUACGCAUGCUCCCACUGUGAAAAGACUUUCAUCCAUAAAAGCCAUCUUAAUAAUCACAUAUUAAAUCACACUGGUGAGAAACCUCACGCAUGCUCCCAGUGUGAGAAGACUUUCCUCCAAAUAUAUCAACUUAAAUACCACAUGAUGAGUCACACAGGUGAGAGGCCUUUUGUCUGUCCUCAUUGUGAUAAACGUUAUAUUAAUAAGGGAAGUCUUAAUGUUCACGUAAAGACUCACAGUACUAAAAGGCCGUACAUCUGCCCUCAAUGUGGAAAGAGUUUCCCAUUAAAAGGAACUCUUAAGAAUCAUAUGAUUUCUCACACUGACGCAAAGCCUUUCUCUUGCUCUCAUUGUGGAAAGAGUUUUUUACGUAAGGGACACUUAAAAUCUCAUGUGCAAAUGCACACUAGUGAAAAGCCGUACACCUGCCCUCAUUGUGGAAAGAGUUUCUCAUUUAAAUCAAAUCUGCAGGAGCACAUACGAAUUCACACUGGAGAGAAACCUUUCACAUGCCCUCAGUGUGAUAAGAGAUUUAAACAUCAAGGAGCUCUUAGGUAUCACAUAAGAAUUCAUACAGGUGAGAAACCUUUCGCGUGUCAUCUGUGUGAUAAGAGUUUUAAACAAAAAGAAAGUCUUAGGUAUCACAUACGAGUUCAUACAGGUGAGAAGCCGUACUCGUGCCAUCUGUGUGAUAAGAGUUAUAUACAAGCACAAGGUCUCAGAGUUCAUCUGCGCGUUCACUUGAAUGAAAGGCCGUUUAGCUGCGAUCAGUGCGAUAAGACGUUUGUUACAGCAGUGCGGCUGAAAAGGCACCUACCGAUUCAUUCAGAUGAGAGGCCGUAUUUAUGUUCUGUUUGUGGGAAGGGGUUUAUAUGUGUCGGGAGUCGUAAUAGGCACCAGAAGGAACAUGAAGGUGAAAAAAAUCAUGUGUGUUCUGAGUGUGGAAAAGCCUUUUUGAGCAUCUCAGCCCUAAGGCGGCACCAAAAGAUCCAUAAAGAAAAACUCUAAAGCCCUUAUCUUACAGAGAAAACUGCGGUCUGCAAAGAUCAACUUCAGUCUUCAGGUUUAAGCACAGUGAAAUGCAGAUAAACAUCACAACUGAAUUACUCCAAAAAAAUUUUUUAAAGCAUUAUCCAGAGCAGGGUUCCUUGAUAGGCAGCUGUGGGCCACAUCCGGCCCACAAGAGAUAAAGGUUGGCCCCAUAAAUACAAAUAUCAUUGUAAAGGAUUGCUACGACAAAUUUUGUCCCAACAUUAGAGGUAUGAGUCGUUUAUAACAUGCAUUUAUAAAAACACAUAUUCUUUAUUAUCAUGAAAAAACCUGAAAAGGUUUGAAGAACAGCAAUAUAAAUAUAUCCUUAAGACAUUUCCUGGAGCUGCGUGUCAUCAUAGCUGCGUGUGUAUUGUUCUUCGUCUACAGCGCAUUUUGAGUUUCUGCACGAGAGCGCCCCCUGGCUUUUGGAUGUAGCUGCAUUUCGCCGUAAUUCAUUAAAAAAAAGCAUAGCAAGCAUUAUCGGCCGAUCGAUCGGAGCAUCCCUAAAAAGCACAUGCACAGAAGCUUGCGCACGCACACACAAUUGCCCACAUACAGGUUGACGUGUUAAUGACAACUUGUGCACACAAAAUUCUCCCUCAUGUCUUGACCGGAUAAAUACACAAAACAAUCUCUGCAAGUAUUCUUGUAAAAACAAGGAUUUAUCUCCUGAAUUGAACGUAAUCAGUUGAGAAAGAAAUUAGAUUUUUAAUGACAUAUGGCUCAGUGCAGAACUCACUUGUAAAAUGAACGGUUUUAUCAUUUUUAAGGCUGAUAUUUUAAUGUGUAUUUAAGUACUUACAAAGAACUUAAAAUGCUAUUUAAGUAUUAAAUGGAAAGCACAUUUUUAUUUGCCCCCCACAUCUGUUUUUUUUUUUCAUUGGAAAAAUAAUUAAUGGCAAUCUGUGACUGGAGAAACAUUAUAUGUUCCUUUUGAUUUUUUUAUUCUUCAGAUGAAUGAUUUGUUAAAUAACAUUAUUAAAAACAGCAACAAUAGCAGAGCUAACUAGUGAUGGGCGAUACCAGUUAUUUUCUUGUCGAUCCGAUACCAAGUACUUCUAAGACAAGUAUAAAAUGGAAAUCUUAUGAAAUCUUUUUAUGUAUGUAUUACAUUUUAUUAUAGUGAUUUUAUGGGGUCUUUUGAUAGCCAUCAUUAUUAAUAUCAAAUAAAAUAAACAUGACAACUUUUUGCACUGAACACUAUUACAAGAUUUCUUCCCUUUAUACGUUUUGGAGAUAAAAGUGAAUGCUGACAUUAAAAUUUUUUCUCUUGAGCCUAUUUUAUUUGACUGAUAAACUCUACUGCUUUUGAAAAUAAAAUAAAAUCCUUAUAAAAGUCAGAAUACUGGAAUGCACUGAAAAUCAAACCAGGGAUGACUGUGAAGCUGCACUUCGUCAUGCUCCGUAUGGUAUUUUGCUUUUAGAUGUUUUUUCAUAUUUGUGGUAUUACCACAGUGGUGUAUUUUUUUGUUGUUGUUGACAAAUGUUACACGAGGCUUCGCAUUAUUAACUGACCACAACAAUGCACUUAAACCCCUUUUAAACCUGCCUGCGCUGACUGAGUGUGCUGGUAGUGACUGAGCGAAUGAACACUGUAAUACUACAGCGGAAGGAGAUGGGACAGAAUGAGGGAACGCGGUGAUACAGUGGAAGAAGAUAUAGUUCCCACUGACAUUACAAUUUAAGUGUAUUUAUAUACAAAACGGUGUCCAGCUAUUAUUUAAUAUUAUAAAAUCACGUGUUUAAAAAACAAACAAACAAAUAGAAUCGAUACUUGUACUUGAGAAUCGAUCCUUUUAAUACAAAGGCAGGAUCGGAAAUAUUGAUACUUUAGAAUCGAUCCGCCCAUCAAUAGAGCUAACAUUGUGAUCAGUGGCCCUUGGCUUUGUACUGUUGGCUAAAUUUGGCCCAUCGUGAAAUUAAUUGAGGAACCCUGAUUUACAGAAUGUUGUUUUUAUGGAGUGAAAUGUUUAUGUAUAGAUACUUUUAAAUAAACAUAAAACAUGUUAAA